UAGUAAUAUUACACUUCAUCAUUUCUACGAGAGCAUUCUAAAUAUGGAAUUUUUGUCACCUAUAUCUAGCAACACUGUACCUGAUAGCACGAAUCGCGAUUGAUUUUUCGUGAGAUUUGGUCCAGGGGCUAGGCCAGCUGUUCGCUGCAUCGACUGCAUUGCGCGUGCUUGAACUUUAUGCACUUGUAAAAACCUUUCCCAGACCUAGCCCGGAUUUAAUUUUAGCUAGUCUGCCCUCGGCCGCCACCAUGGCAACCUCCGUGGAUGCAAGAAUUAACGACGAGUUGCAAGCUUUGCAAGCUAUAUUGAUUAACGGGUACGCCGUUAAGGACGAAAAUGGUGUUCCAAGGGCAAUAGAAACGCUUAUACAUCCGUCUACUGCUGAUAAAAAGGAAGAGCAGUUUGUGUGCGUAACAUUGGAAGUUAUUUUGACCCCCGACUAUCCAGAAAGCAGUCCCGAGGUGAUCCUGAGGAAUCCUAGGGGACUAGACGACAAGCUAGUCAACGAGAUUCAUAAAAAAAUCAAAGAAAAAUUGGAUCGACACGUCGGGAAUCCGAUCGUCUUUGAAUUGAUUGAGAUAGUACGCGGGUUCCUCACGGAAUGCAACUUGCCGAGCGGUCAAUGUGUGAUCUGCCUACAUGAUUUCGUCAACGGGGACGUGUUCACCAAGACGCCAUGCUACCACCACUUCCACAGCCACUGCUUGUCAAAGCACUUGAUCAACAGUAAGAAGUACUAUGACGAGGAGUUGGAAAAGCUGCCGAACUGGCAACGCUCCGAGGCUAUCCCAUACAAGCAAACUUGCCCCGUUUGCCGCUGCGAGCUCAAGUUCGACGUGAGCACGCUGGAGCAAGCCCCGCCACCCGUCGACUCAAUAAACGCCCCGCCCUUCCGUCUUACAGACGAACUGAGGGCUCUGCAAGAUCGCAUGGCUGCGCAGCUGGCUCGGCAAAUUGCUCGUGGGGGCGUGGUGGGCAUGGGUGAUGAGGGUCCCCCACUUCUGACCAUCACCACUGCUGCCGACAAGGAGCAGGAGGCUAAAGCAUCCAGCAGCGCCGUUAAGCCCCCGAAGGUUGAACCUCGUCCAAGCACUUCUGUUGAACCGGCUCCAGAACCUGAGCGUCAGCAAUGCCGCGUCCCAUACCGUGGCUUCAACCGUCGCGCCAAGCCUGGUCGGCGUGAGCGCGGCGCUCCGCGGUGACCCGCUUGCCACGCCCAUAAACCGCCCGCCGUAUAGCGCGCACCACGCCCGCGACCUCUCCCCACACACUCUACCCCAACACCGGUGAGCCCCACUUUACAACUGUCACCAUUAAAGCGCCGCCGUAACAUCACAGUGCGGUUUGACGGAUUUCCCAGUCUCCCUUUACCUCUUGUGAUUUUUUACACAUAUCCCAAUGUUCCCGAUUAUGAAGCAGGUCCAAAAUUUAAAUAUACUAAAGCUGAAUCCGAAUUUGGAGUAUAUACUGGUCGAAAUUUUAUAAAUGCCAUUACGGUCUCCAAAUUAGGAGUAUAUACAAGUCAAAGUAAUAUAUAUGCCAUUACGGUCUGCAAAUUAGGAGUAUAUACAAGUCAAAAUUUAAUAUAUGCCAUUACGGUCACCAAACUUGGAGUAUUAUGUAUACAAAAUAUUGUAUACGGCAUCGUGGACACCAAAUUUGGAGUAUAUACCGGUCAAAAUUUAAUAUAUCCUUGCACUUUCACCAAAUUUGGAGUGUAUGGACAUCAAACAAUAAAAUAUUCCGUUGAGGACAGCAAAUUUAGAUAUACAAAUCCAACUUUAAUAAUAUAUACAAUAGCGGACCUUAAAUUUGGAGUAUAUACUAGUCUGUCUUUAAUAUAUCCUUCUAUUGACACCAGAUUCGGAAUAUAUACAGGUCAAUCUAUAAUAAUAUUGUAUACAAGCGUCGACUCCAAACUGUACCUAUAUACAAAUCAAACCAUAAUGUAUACGAGAAUGGACUCCAAAUUUGGAGUAUAUACAAGGUAUACAUACAUUAAACAGAAGAAUAGUAACUAUUUCGAUAAUAAUACCAUCCUGUUCUUCGAAAAAACCUGUAUAAAAUUACGAAAGACUAAAAAUAUACGUCCACCUGCGUCCUGUAUUUCAGAAAUUAUUACUAAGAAAAGCUUUAAACCUAAAAAAUCCAAGACUUAUUUGGAAAAUAAUCGCUCAAUAUACGUAAACCAAAAUUCUAUAAUGAUAUUUUCCCCACUUUUAAUAUAUUAUAAAGCAGAAUUUGUGGGAUCGAAGUUCAUAUUUUAUGUAUAUAAUAUUGUGUCAGAUUUAACAAACACAGGGUCCUUUUUUAUGUUAACCGACCAAAGUCGGGUUUUACCGAGACUGACUAUUUACCCUAGUUCACUAUACGUACGUAGUAAUUUUUUUUGCUAUUUAAUAUAUUGCGAUACUUUUAUCUGAAAAACAUAUUGCAUUGCCUAACCUUUAUAAGCAUAUAUAUAUAUAUAUAUAUAUAUAUACUAUUCAUUUGCUAUUAUUAUAUAAAUAUACCGCGUUCUUUAAUUGUUUUCGAAUAUUAUAUAAGCUUUGAUUAUAAUACAACUUAUAAUGAAGUAAUUAAUGUUACACGAUACAUAAAAUUACAUUAAAAGAGUAUAUUAAAAAUAGCUAGCUUCUACAGACGCACAAAAAUUAUUGCAACCUAUA